CCCGCCCGCUGCGGCCCGAGCGGCCUGCGGCCGGGAGCGGAGCCAUGCGGAGGUCUAAACAACAACUGUCUCCAGCAGCUGAGCUAGAGUGGAUUCUGAAACAGAGUAAAAUGCAAGCAGAACUUAACUGGCAGCAGCUCUGUGAGAAUGCUGAAUGUAAUUGGUAUCAGAAAUCAGAGGAUCCAACACACAGCCUAUCUUCAUCAAGAGAGGAGGUUCAAGGUGAUCUACAGAAAACAGACUACAGGUUGCAUGAAGUGAAGAGUGUUCUUUCUGCUUUUACUGUUGAGAGAGAACAGACAAUACAAGCAUCGUUUAAUCACAGUAUUUCACCUGAAGGGGAGAAACAGAUAUUUCCGUAUGAUGAGGAAAGUUCUCUGUAUAAAUAUAUCCCUGCUUUGGAAAUAAAAAAGCUGCAGGAACAGAACGCCAGCCUUCGGGCUGCUAUUGCACAAAUGAGGAAAGAAAUGGAGAGUCUUGAUGAGCAGAUGUUGUCUUCUCUUCCUCAAACAGAAGACAGACAGUUUACAGAGCAAGGUUCAUUAAACACAAACAAAAUUUCAACUGGAACCACACUGAGCAACAUCAAAGUCAGUUCAGCUAAGUUGGAUUGUUUAGUAAACCCAGACAUGGAAGAGGGGGCAGAACCCAAAGUUCUUGAAGAAAACAUGGUCAAUUUUGGACAACAGCUACCCGAUGUAGGUACUGGUAAUGGUUGUCAAUAUAGUGUCAAACACACUCUACAAGGAAUGCAAAAUAAACUCAAGGAAGCAGCAAGAAAAAUUUCAAUUCUGAGCCAAGAAAAGCGGCAGCUGAUUGAAAUGGGAAACAGACUCAGGGCAGAAUUUGGAAUGGUGUUAAAGGAAGGAGUCUGGCAUCCUGUUAGCUCUAAACGCUGCACAGUUUGUAUUGCCUCUGGUAGUCUUCUUCCAAGAGAACUCGUCAAAAGAACACAGUGUCAGCUAUCAGUUCUAAAGCAUCUACAGCACAGACUCACAACACAGGAGCUGCAGUGCACAAGGCAACAGCAACCUUCAAGGUUCACUUCUCUUACUGCCUGCCCUAGCUUAAAGGAAGAGGAAGCUCCAAGCAGCUGUGGAGAAGAAACAGGAUUACCAUCCAGUGAGGUACAGUGCAGUUUUAUGACCAAUGUAAUUCACCUUCAUUUGGCUUUUUCAGUUUGAAUUGCUCAACAGUCAUCUCCUCGAAGACUUAAAAACCUAUGUCUUUUUUAAAUGCGUUGUCUUUGUUAUGCAUUGUUCCUGUACAAAAUAGUAUUUA